AUGCUCACUUCCAUAGUCUUCCUGAGCCUAUUUCCUUUGACAAACUCCCUGCAAAUGGUAGUAGUCUACGGAGAACCAUCAGAUAUGUCUGAAUCUCAAGAAUAUCAAGGAUUGUCACUGGAUGACUGCAUUGCUACUUGCUAUUGGGAUAACAAUUGUUUUCUAGCAUACUACUCAAGUGUAUGCCAUCUAUUUGAAUAUGGAAAUAUGUCUGUAAAAUCUAGCAAGAGUGUAGUUGCUUUCAAAACCAGAAAUUACGAAUGCCCGUCUGCAAAUAGUUCAUUUCCGGAAUUUUCAACCACAGACCGCUGGAUUGAAAACGAUGUUGGAUAUGAAAAUGAAAUCUCUCCCGUCGGAGAAAUCUCAUGGAAAAUUUCUUUCAGUAUUUUUCAAUGCUCAAACAACUCGAAAAUAUUCUUAAGAGAUACCAUCUUUGUUUGUAUCGGGGUCCGUUUCUUCCCUAACAUUACCUGUGGAAAUCACAACAGUGCCAUUGAAUUUUGCAAAACUGAUGGAUGGUCAAGCAUCACAGGCCCCAAUAAUUUGGAAGAGCUGGCUUUUUUAAAUGGCGACAUAGAAAGAGAAAAUCUGGUUUCGAAAAAAUAUGGAAACUAUUUAUCUCUUGUGUGGAUUGAUGGUAAUUUGGGAGGGUUUCUAGAUGAAACUCAUGGUGACUAUACAAGUACGAAAUGCUAUGACCUACCUUCAAAUGCAUGUCUGUAUAUUGGACACAAUCAGUGCACUAAAGUUGCUUAUUUCUCAGAUUGUAAUACCGAUAAAAUGUCACCGUAUUAUUGCUGGAGAGGAGUUGCUUGUCGAAAAGAAGCUGAUAGAAUCAAUUAA